AUGUCGAGACCGGCACGACUACAGGUCGACAUCGACUCAGUGCAGGACUAUGAAAAACCCCAGCAAGUGGGCGGACAAACGUUCAACAUAUGGUACCUCAAGUGGUCAGGGGGAAACUCGUCAGCUUCAAACUCGUUUGUCAGGUCCAAGUUUAGAGUCAGCAUAGAUGGAGACGAAGGAUACACUAGGGCGCGGAAAAACUCGCCUAUAUGCCUCUUUUUCAGUCGAGGGUGUUGCUAUCAAGGCUCAAACUGCAAAUUUUGUCACUGUUUACCAAGCAAGUCCGAGUACAACAACCGAGCCAAGGACUGCUUUGGCCGAGAUAAGACUGCCGAAUAUGAUGAUGACAUGGAUGGGGUGGGUUCGCUAAAGCGGCAGAAUUGCACGCUAUAUGUCGGCGGACUACAGACGAGACCCAACCUUGAGCAGUUGCUCAAAUCCAAUUUUGAAGAGUUUGGCCAAGUCGAGAAGGUCAAAGUAGUUUACAGCAAGAGCUGCGCAUUCGUGACGAUGAAGCUCGAAAGCGCGGCCCAGUUUGCCAAGGAGGCGAUGGACAGACAGUCGUUGGUACUGGGCAAUACGACAAAGACGAGCAAGGAGGUGCUACAUAUACGCUGGGCCCACCAGGAUCGAAACUCUGACGCUGAUCAAGUAGUGGAUAAGCGCAAGUUGGAGGACCUAGCCAAGGACGCGGUGAGGAGCAUGUUGAAGAGCAACACGACGAAGCGAAUCAAGAUUAGCGAGGAGCCCAAUGGCGGCCGCGGCUCUCCCACUGAAGUCGUCCAGGUUGAAGAACUCGACGACGACGACGACGAGUCUGAUGACGAAGGUGGAGAAGAGGAGGAAGAAGAACUAGAAGAAGGAGAGGGACAACUCGCCGCCGACCAGCAAACACUGGACGAAUCAAGCAUCAACAACUUCAAAAAUGGAACCUCUGCUGCAAAUGGCUUCCAACAACAUAAUCGUCAUACUGAUAACAGUAAUAACAACAGCGACAACAACUACAGCUACGCAAACGGCAACAGUUAUGCGCAUCAAAACGGCAGUGUUUCGCAGAAUGGUCACGUCAAAGAGAUGGACUCCGACGCACCCCAUCUCCGCGCAGGCCAUCAUCCUCACCCAUCCAACGGCAACGGCAACGGCAACGGAUAUGGGAUAUUCAAGACAUCAUCAUUGCAGGACCUCGCGAGGAUCAAAAAGAAGCUAAUAUUCAAGAGAAAUGAGCCUUGUCUAGUCAGCGUGCUCGCUAAUUAUUCAAGUGAUGAAGAUGACGAUUAA